GUUACCAUGUGCUUUAGUCUUUCUCUUGGCUAAGAUGGAUGACGAAGCAGCAAGCACCGAGGUGAGGAAGAUGAUCCGACGAGGCGCUGCAGCUGUGUGUGCAGUCGCCUUGCCUGUAGCCGGGCUUCUGGUCAUCAUGGCCAUUCUCUUAUGGACCAUUCGCUCUGGAUUUGAAGCUGCUGCUGAAACUCAAAGAUAUACUGAUGACGAGGAAGGCUGCAGCCAGUGGGCUUUCCACGUUGGAGUUGUAACCAUGUUCUUUGGUUUCUUGUUUCUGGCUCUUGGGAUUCCCAUACUUGCUGACUUGUUUCUAAAAUUGUCAGAACGGUUGCACCAGCAAGAGGAGCAAAAUGGCACUCAUCCAGCAAGGGAGAUGACAAUCUGUAAAGCUAUUGUUGGUAUCCUUGUGAAUGUGAUCACAGUCUUCAUGCUAUCGUGUGCCAUUUGCACUGGAUUUAGACUUGCAACGGAACCCAGAGGAGACAGCAGAUACCAUUUCUUAACUUUCUCAAUUGGACUGGUCACCAUUGUCUUCGGUUCCAUGUAUUUUAUCAUUGGACUUGCAAUGAUUUUUGAGCUAGCGAUAGAUUUGUCUAGCAAGUUGCAGCAGAAAGAGAAUAAGGGUGGCACUCAUAAACGCCGCAGUAUGAUUGUUAAUAUCUUUUGUUUGACAUUGCUGUUGUAAUCUUCUGUUAUUUAAUGUUAUACUUAUUUGAAUUA